ACAGCAUGUAAGCGGCAGCAGAGAAAAACAUGGCGAUGGCCGCUAAUGCAGCCCGUCUCUGUCGUCGCCUGGCAGGACGGAGUAUCACCUCCCUGUCGGUCACCACACACAGGCGAGCUGUCAGCCUGCAAGCCAGGAGAUGCUAUACUGCCACACCAGCGGGGAACAAUCUUCAGUUCAGGCUUGAUGAGCGAACAGCUCACAGCAGUCUUGACCUCUUCAAGAAAAAUACUGGCGUCAUCUACCGCAUGCUGGGUCUGGACCCCAGCCAUGUGCAGGACAACCCAGAACGUUUCCGAGACUGGGCCGUGGUGUUUGGCGACGAGAAGAUCAGCAGCGGCCGACACUACUGGGAGGUGACAGUCAAAAAGUCUCAGGAGUUUCGUCUGGGUGUGGCUGAGGCCGGGAUGUCCAGAGAGGACUGUGUUGGCACCAACAGCUCCUCCUGGGUGUUUGGAUACGCUCAGCGCAAGUGGUUUGUCAUGACCAAUAAUAAAAUAGCUCCCGUGACACUGGUGGGCAAACCAGACCGCAUAGGCAUCCUGCUCGACUAUGAAGCAGGCAUCCUGGGGCUGGUGGACAUCAAAAAACCCAAAAUCAUUCACACCGUAAGGGCCCGGUUCAAAACACCCCUCUGCCCCGCUUUUGGACUUUGGGACGGGGAGCUGCUCACACACUCAGGUCUGGAGGAGCCUGAAGGCCUGAAGUGAAGCAGGAUGAGUGGUGAUGGUGGUGUUAGGGUUUAGGGGGGUGUUAGGUGUUGAGGUUGUGUUUGGUAUCAGGCAACAUUUAUCACAACAGUACAUCAAGGAAAGCAAUAUCUCUGCAGAAGUCAUUUACAGCUUAAUUACAGGUGAUGGUUUAUUUUCCGUGGUCCAGCUGGUGCAUAAUAAUGACUCAUAACAAUGCAAGUUCAUACUUUGUGUAUGUCAUUUAUCCUCAGGCAACUGUAUCACAGACACAGCAUUGUGUGUACCUCAUGUAUUACCUCUCAGACUAACUGAUGUGAAACGAAUGUUUCUGAGCAGAACA